CCACAUAUAAAACUCCAUUCUUUGUUUCACUACUCGCGCUUGCUGAACUAACAUAACACAGCAGUCGAAUAGUGACAUGUGCCCACUAUCACUAAAUUAACUAGAAUUUAGUGCUGUGUUAAUUUUUAGGAAACUUUAUCAGGUAUGUGGUAACCGUUUUAGAUUAUAAAAGCAUUUUUUAAAGGCACCAAAAUACAGGAAAUGGCAUCUACUCCGAUCACACAAAACUACCUGCAAGGAUGAACAGAGACGACACUUUGGACAAUUUUAUGAGCGCUUACGUGCCGUUUAAAUAUCAUUAAUAUGGACAAAGCUCUUGUGCUGUUUCUACUUCCACUUCUACUUCCAACAGCUGCUCCAAAAGGUUCUCAUUCUUUGUGGUUGCUUGCAACUUACAUUAAAGGACAAACACCUUUUCCUAAAUUUAGUUGCUUGGUGAUGUUGGAUGAUGUCAGACUUCUGUAUUAUAAUGGUGACACAAAGACAUUCAUUCGAAGGGGAAACACAACAAAUGAAGAUGAUGUGUUGAAUUCUAAUCUUGUCCUCCAGAUAAGUGACUAUAUGCUACCAGGUUUCAUUGAAAGAUUAGCUUGGAUUACAGACAACUUAAAUACAACUGACAUUAAAGGUGCUCUUGUUAUCCAAAGACUGGUUAUGUGUAAGCUGAAGGAUAAUGGUGAACCGGGACAAAUGAUCGUACGAGAAGCUUUCCGAGGCACCACCACAGAUGAGUUGAGAUAUAAUGACAAUUAUUUUACAUACAACAGUACCUUAAAUGCCACAGCUGAGGUGGUGAAAUUUCAUCUUGACAUCUCAAUGUGGCGCCAUGAAAAUUUUUACUACCCACACUGCAUAAAAACUCUAAAAGGUUACCUUAAAAAGAGGACAAACCAAGUAAAUAGAAACGUAAAACCUAUAGUUAGACUCCUCCAGAAAGCAAUCCCAGAUAGUAGAGGGUCUCGGGUGAUGUGUCUGGCAACAGGAUUUUACCCUCGUCACAUCAAUCUGACCCUGUUCAGAGAUGGACAGCCUGUAUCUGAUGAUGAGAUCACUGGAGGAGAUCUGCUGCCCAAUGAUGAUGGGACGUACCAGAUAAGGAAGAUUCUGGAGAUCAGUAAAAAAGAACAGAGAGAGAAACACAAAUAUACCUGCACUGCCACACAUCUCAAUCUGGACAACAAACUGGACGUCAGUUUGGAGUUGGAUCAUGGGACACCAUUUAAACCCGUGCUUUCCUCAGUGCUAACAGUUUUGGCAUUUGUUAUUGUAACUGUGGCUGCCGUAAUUAUAUGGAGAAAGAAACAUGCAGCUUCUUCUAAAGAUGAAUAUUCCUCUGCGUCCACUGGAGAUAUAGUGGACACAACUUCAUAAAGUUCAUGACAUGAAGCUACAUGAAUGAAGCUGUCUUUUUCAUGUCUUUUAGUUUGUGCGCACAAUUAUAUAUUAUUUUAUCUCAUAUAAAUCAAUUUAAAUAUUUACUACAAUAUGACUUCAAAUCCUUUUAAAACCAAUUCUUUCUUUCAUAAUUUCUUUCAUUUUUAUAAUCUAAAGAAUCAUUCCCAAUACAAAGAAUAUUUAGUGAAACAAUAUUUGGUUAAUUGUUGAUGUUUGAGAGGAGUUUGCUGUUUAUAAUAAAAGCAUAAUAAGGUGAACAUCACAUUAUUUUUAUCACAAUAAAUAAACAUUUAAAAGAAACAUGUAAAUUAUUUACUUCAAUAAAAACUUGCAAUGCAUUAAAGGGACACUUUUUUUU